GCUCUCGAGAGCACCUCAAGGCUCAGAUCACAAUACCAUCAAGCCGCUCUUCGCGAAAACAGGAUGUUGUUCUGUCCUUACUGCUCAAACUUUCUAACGAUAGAAGUCCACGAGGGCACGAACAGAUGGCGGUGUAAUAGUUGUCCAUACAUCUUCGGGAUCACGAAACAGAUGACUUCGAGGACUCACUUUGACCGGAAAGAAGUGGACGACGUCAUGGGUGGUGAAGAAGGUUGGAAGAACGUCGAUCAAGGAGAAGCUCAAUGUCCGAAAUGCGAUUCAACAAGAGCCUAUUUCCGUCAACUACAGAUCAGAAGCGCGGACGAACCGAUGACGACAUUCUUACGAUGCGUUCAGUGUAAAGAACAAUGGAGAGAGGCAAGUCCCCGCUGGCUUCACACCACUUCAUCUGCGAGAACCGAUAUUCUAAUCUCCGCGAUCUACAGAAUUGAGCCCGGAUGUGUGCAGCAGAUUCGUUUCCAGACGUUGUAUUCGCCUUCAUGUCAGCAUGUCCACAUAUUACGAUUAUCCACGAGGUCCGGAUCGGUCUCGGAGGGAUCGAAUCGUUCAAGCUUGCCAGGGCUCUCAAUCACGGUACUCGAUCAAGCGGCUUCCUUUCACCAAGAGCGCAAGAGGCUCUGACCUCCGUUUUGGUCGCUGCCGCUACCACCACGGUCAUUAGUGUUGCACGGACGACUCAAGCGCUAGUGUUACUAGCUCCGCCUACUACGUCACCGU